AUGGACGAUCUUCGCCUCGUGCACUUCAACACUCCCCAAGCGUUUCUGGAGGCCACCAGGGAGUUCGAUGAUAGCUUCAUGGGCUUUUGCGUCGGCUCCCUCCUCGAUUACCUCGCGGAGCAUCCAGACGCGGCUGCAGACACGCCCGCCGACGCCGCAAGCUCGAAACCUGUGUACCUCUACGCGAUCUACGAGAACGACGACCUCCUCGUCGCGCUCACCCGGAACGCGCACGACUUCGCCUGGAUGAUGUCCGUCCCCACCACCGCGGCCGCGUCCGCGCUCACGGCCCCCGGCGCGCCGCAGCUCGCGCCCGCACUCGCGCUCCUCGCGCGCGCGGUGCACGCCGCGCUCCCGUCCCCCGCGCAUUUCGACACGCUCAUCGGCCCCGCGCCCGCCGUCGCCGCGCUCGUCGCCGCCUGGGCCGCGCUCGUCCCGGGGAGCCGCGUGCACGCGGGGAAGACGAACCUGGCGUCGCGCGUCGGGUACGCCACGCGUGCGUCGCUCCCGCUCCCGCCGCCGUCCGCGCCGCCGCACGCGUGCGUGGUGAGGCUGGCGGGGACGGAGGAGGACCUGGAGGCGCUCGUGCCGCUGCACGUCGCGUUCCGGCUCGAGUCGGCGUGGCGGCACGUGGUCAGUGCGGAGGAGGCGCGCGCGGCGCUGCGGCCUGCGGUGCGCAGGGGGACGGCGUGGGUGGGCACGGUGGAUGGGCGGCCGGUGGGGUACGUGGUGCUCGGGCGCGUGACGGCGAGGACGAUUGCGGUGAGGAACGUGUAUGUUGCGCCGGAGGCGAGGCGGAGGGGCGUGGCGGGGGCGAUGGUCCGCGCGGUGACGCGGUAUUACUUGGGCGCGGGCUUGGAGGGCGUCGAGGGCGUCCCGGAGGGCCCACCGGCGGUGGGGUGGAAGCGGGAGGUGAAUCUGAACGCGGCGGACCCGGCGGCGGAGAGGGUGUACAGGCGCGCGGGGUUCAUGUUUCCAGACCCGGAGGACGAGACGAAGGGAGGAGUCGAUCCGGAAACGGGGCGGAAGGCGUGGUACGCGUCGAUCUGGCGGGAGGUAGAGCCCAAGGAAAAGUCUGUGGACGAGUCAUAG